AUGGGUAGCAUUAACAAGAACGAAUAUUCCUCAGUGGAGGAGAGUAAGCGCAUAUUUGACUAUCUAUGCGAUCAAUUCGAUGAGACAGCUCUGCCAGCUGGUGUCAAGCAGCGUCGAGACAGUAUCAAGUUCACAUCAAGCCGUGAUGCACCAUAUUUCCCCAUCCCUUUCAAGGAGACAGAAACAACCGCGGCGCUGAAGGCAGUCGAAGGUGCUGUGGCGUGUCUGUUAACUGAUUCAGUGGCUGGGGAAUCUCAAACUAGAAAGAUCAAUGUCGACCUGGAGAGGACGACAGCUUUUCUCUGUCAAGCAUACAUGGCCAAGGUUGGCGGUCUUGGAAAGCUUGACCCUGGCGUGAAAGCAAAGCUCAAAGACACCGAUCUGCUGCAAGCGCAAUCCAACCCAUAUCGUCGCAUGUCGGCGAAUCUUUAUGAAACCAAGGACCCCGGAGAAUACUAUCACAUCCAUGGAUCGCUCGAGGCUUCUACGACACUCAAGAUGAUAGGUCUCGAGCCUUUCAGACCUGACUUGCAGACUCAUGAGAGCAUAGUGGAAGCCAUUGAGCCUGCAGUGCAAAAGUUCAGCGUGCAAGAGUUGGAGAGCAUGAAUGCCGCUAAUCGACAGGCUGGAGUACCUGCUUUGAAGCAUGAGGACUUUAUUCAAACCGAGCAUGGUAAAACCAACAUGGCCCUUCCACCAUGGUCGGUAGAAAACCUCGAGUCAGAGACACCAAAAUGCCCUUUGACUCCCAGCCCAGAGCAACCCACAAGGAUUCUCUCGGGUCUCAAGGUUCUCGAACUUUGUCGCAUCAUCGCUGGGCCUAUCAUCACCCGUAUCCUAGGCGAGUAUGGUGCCGACGUUCUGAAAAUCACAAGCCCCAAUCUUAGCGACGUGCCUUUCUUCCAGGUUGAUGGAAAUAUGGGAAAGCAUGCUGCAGAACUAAACUUGAAGUCGGAGGAUGGGAGAGCCGAGUUUGAGCGUCUCCUUGCUGAAGCAGAUGUUGUCGUCGAUGGGUACCGACCCGGGGCUUUGGAGAAGCUUGGGUACGGCGCCACUGCACUUACAAAGCUUGCAAAGGAGCGCGGUAAGGGCUUUGUAUAUGUGAAUGAGAACUGCUUCGGAUAUCAAGGAGAGUGGGCUGGUCGUCCUGGAUGGCAGCAAAUUGCAGACUGUGUCACUGGCAUCGCUUGGGAACAAGGUCGCUUCAUGGGUAUCUCAGAGCCCAUGGUCCCUCCUUUCCCCAUAUCAGACUACGGAACAGGCUGUAUCGGCGCCAUCACAGCAUUGGUAGGACUCUACCACCGAGCUACCAAGGGUGGAUCAUGGCACGGAAAGGCUUCACUUCUUCACUACGAUCUUCUACUCUUCAAAGUUGGCCAAUAUUCCGAAGAAGUCAAGGAGAAAUUGAGACAGGAUAUUGGUCCUGACUUCCUCGCCUUGCGACAUGCGCAUAGCGUCGAUCAGAUCUCUGGAACAGCGCUACUCAGAAUGAGGGAGAUAUACCCUGAGCUCUUCUCGAGCGACAAGUAUGUCGAGAAGUGGUACUCUAAUGCCUACAAAGCUGAGGUGGAAGCCGUGCCACCCGUUGUGGACAUUGAGGGUGUUCGGGUUGGGUUUAAGAGGGCGAGUCGCCCGAAUGGUGCGGAUAAGCCGACGUGGGAUUUUGGUGAUGAGCCAGACCACAAGCUGUCAGAGUAA